CAUUCAAAUUGAGUUAGUUGCGAUUUUAACGGCGACUCGCGCGCAUACAACGCGGUUUUGGCAGUGAAGUUCAAGUGAUAUACAAAUAUAUUAUUCAACUCCUUGCUAGCUGGUCGCCAACCAGUGCUUGUGAAACUGUAUUAGCCAUAAUCAUAACGAAGCAGAAAAAGCUCUAAUCUAAUGCCUUUAAACCGUUACGAAAUAGUAAUAUUGUGUGUAUAAUUAUUAUUGUUAUGUACAAUUUUUUUGUACGCGAUAAGUAAAAGUUCUAUAAUUCGUAUAUAUGAUGAUAAUAUAUUUUAUCUGUGAGUUGUAAAGAUUUUUGGAUUUGCUCAAGAGAAACAGCAAAUUGAAUAUAUUUAUAAUUGAAACAGCAAAAAGAAAUCAACUGCCAAAUCUACAAUUUCCGCAACAACACAGACACCAACAUCCCAAGCAAAACAACAAAACAGAGAAAACAAAAUCAAGAGCAACAACCGCAAGCGAAAUAAACGUACAUCAUAAUUAUGACAAAAUGAGCGCAACAACAACGUGCAGCAGACAAAAUAACUUUAUGAAGAGCUAUUACGGUCGGAGCAAGACAAUGCACAGUAACAGAGUCCCCACAUUAACAGUUCAACUGCUGUUAGUAUCUGGACUGCUGCUAUGGGAAUACGGGUUGACUGAAGCAGCCAGCAGCUUGACAAGUAUUAAAGAGACUGGGGCCGCCGGUAGCACCUACUGUGAGUAUAAGGAGCACAAUGUAACCCACCAGAAGGAACAAGGUGCCGUCUGGUUUGAUGCACAGAACAAUUGCCUGGUUUACACCUGCGCCGCAGGUGUUGGCACUGAGCCACAGGCACACAUCGUCGUCACUCAAAUUGAUUGUAAUGAAUUUUACUGUGAUGUGGGCACUGAGCUGCGCAAGACGUCGAGCAGCUGCUGCGGUGAGUGCGUGCGGACGCACUGCCAGCACAACAAUACCCUGUACGCGGUGGGCGAGUCGUGGCAUAAUGAUGCCGACUGCACGCUGCUCGAGUGCGCGCGUCGGGACAAUGGCGAGAUAACAAUCAAUAGCUAUAGGCGCACCUGUCCGCCGAUCGAUCCGAGCUGCCCGGCCGAGCGCAUCUACAGGAAUAGCUGUUGCUUCGUCUGCCGCCCGUUGGCCACGUCGCGGAUCGAGCAGCUGGAUGAUGUCGAGGUGACCUCAGAUAUCUGGACAGCCGAAUGGUAUCGCCAGCAUCCGUGCCUGCGCGACUGUCAAGCCGGUGCGCCGCCCAUGACGUGCCACUACACGUUCGUUGUCGAAUGGUAUCAGACCUUCUCGAAGGCCUGCUACGACUGCCCACUCAAUCUGACCGAUUGCGAGCGGCCGCACUGCAUCAUGGGCGAUGGACUGCAGCGCAGCAUCACCGUGGUCAAUCGCAUGAUGCCCGGUCCAGCGAUAGAGGUAUGCGAGGGCGAUCAGAUUGUCGUCGAUGUCAAGAAUAAUCUGCUGGGCGAGAGCACCACGAUCCACUGGCAUGGCUUGCACCAGAAGAAGACGCCCUAUAUGGAUGGCGUGCCGCACAUCACUCAGUGUCCCAUCUCGCCGCAUGCCACAUUCCGCUACAGCUUUCCGGCUGACAACCCCGGCACGCAUUUCUGGCAUUCGCAUACGGGCAUGCAGCGUGGCGACGGCGUCUUCGGGCCGCUCAUCAUACGUCGGCCCAAGCAGACGGAGCCACACGGCGGCCUCUACGACUUUGAUCUCAGCGAACAUGUGCUGGUGGUGCAGGACUGGAUACAUGAUACGGGCGCCAGCAUCUUUGCCUUUCAUCAUCAUUCCAGCGGCGACAAUAAGCCGCACAAUAUACUCAUCAAUGGGCGUGGCAGAUACUACAAUCGCAUCUGGGCGAACAUGAAGCGACAGCAUCGCAUGGCGACGCAGGCAGCGGCAACAGAGGAGCCAGAGGCGGGUAGAUAUGAGCCUACUUCUAAGGUUUCAGCUUCGGGUUGGGACUCGGGAUCAGCUGCGGCUUCAGCUUCGGGCUCAGCUCCCACUUCAGCAUCGGGCUUAGCUUCAACUUUCAGCCCAACUUCGGCAUCAGCUUCGGCUUCGGCUUCAACUUCCGCUCCAGCUUCAGGCAGAUCGCCUCAGCUCAAGUCAGCUCGCCUUAACGCAAAGACUACUGAUGCGUUCAAUAAUGAUGGGAAGACUUUAAGGGAGGAUUCGGAAAAUCUAGCAACCACAACUACUCCAGCAGCCACGCCACCAAAUCUCAUCCAACUGCUCUCCAACGAGCCGUUGCAGCCGCCGAGCAACAGCAGCGAGUCAUCGGCCGCAACAGUGGUUCAUUCGCGUCCACGUCGUGGGAAUCUGCAGGAGAUCCCAUUGGAGCAGAUACCGCAUCAGGUGUAUCACGUGAAGCGCGGCUUUCGAUAUCGCUUUCGCAUUGUGAACGCCGAGUAUCUGAACUGCCCCAUUGUGUUGUCUGUGGAUGAUCACAUGCUGACCGCCAUCAAUUCGGAUGGCUAUGACAUUGAGGCCAUGGAGGUGGGGUCCAUUGUCACCUAUUCGGGCGAACGUUUCGACUUUGUGCUGAAUGCCAAUCAGGCGGUUAACAACUAUUGGAUUCGUCUCAAGGGUCUGAUGGACUGCAGCGAGCGGUUUACGUCCGCCUUCCAGGUGGCCAUAUUGCGCUAUGAAGGUGCGCCCGAGGCGGAGCCAAGCGCCGAGCUGCGCUACGAUCACAAUGCGACGGGCAUUGAGCUGAAUGUGAUGAAUCGCGGGCCGGGCUAUCCGGAUACCAAGACCGUGGCCGAGAUGCGAGCCUUGCCCAUAUACGACUCGGUCUCGGGCAUCGACGAUGAUACCCUGAAGCCGGAGGCCGACUACAAAUUCUUUGUCUACUAUGACUUCUAUCGCAAAGACAAUCCGGAAUUCCAUCACAGCGACUACUACAGCAUGUCUGACAAUGUGUCCAGGGAGAACAUGUUGUACACGCCGCAGCUGAAUCACAUCUCGCUCAAGUUUCCAUCGGUGGCGCUGCUGCCGCAACGUCAUCAGCUGAGCGACGCGCUCUUCUGCAAUGAGACGACGCUCGCCCAGCAGGGCAUCGAUUGCCGCGAGCAGUUCUGCAAGUGCCAUCAUGUGCUUCAGGUGCCGCUGAAUGCGGUCGUCGAGCUGAUCAUCGUCGACGAGGGCUUCACGUUCUAUGCCAAUCAUCCGUUCCAUCUGCAUGGCAAUGCGUUUCGGGUCAUCGGGCUGGAGCGUCUGGGCGAGAAUGUGACUAUUGAAAUGAUCAAGCAGUUGGAUCAGUUUAAGCUGCUCAGGCGCAACCUGAUCAAUCCUCCGGUCAAGGACACGGUCACCGUGCCCGAUGGCGGCUACACGAUCAUACGCUUCGAGGCCUACAAUCCCGGCUAUUGGCUCUUCCACUGUCACAUUGAGUUCCAUGCGGAAAUCGGUAUGGCUCUGGUGCUCAAAGUGGGCGACGAUGAUAAAAUGGUGCCGGUGCCGCAUAAUUUUCCCACCUGCGGUGAUUAUGUGCCCGAUGGACGGGAGGAGACGUCGUCGACAGUUGAUACAUCCGAAAACCCACCGACUCGAGUGCCACCCACAAAGGACAUAUCGGCUAGGCAUUUGGCAACAGCUCUGCCCCUACUUGCCCUCAUUUUACACCAACUAUAGCGGAUCCCCAUUCACUAACCCAAUGCUAUCAUGACACUGGUUCUGUUUUUAGGUCACUUUAAAUCACAAUUUCAAACUAAUUGCCAUUCAGAUUAGCUUCUUUAACAACAGAUCAGGCAAUGGAUAGCCUGUUAAAUUUAACAGUCAUUUUAUAGUCUCUUUAUAUAUGUGGGAAUUUCAUAAUUAUUUUAUUUUAACUUUGGAUUAGCCAACCUUCCUGAAAAACUAUACAAGUUGCCUAUCAAAUAAGAAAAUUGCUGUUAAAUUUAACAGUCAUUUAACAUUCAGCUUACCUACAUUUAACAUUCACUUUAACAACAUAUAAUUCCAUAGAAUUUGUUAUAUUUUUUAGUAUUUUUCAAGCCAGUAUUCAUUAUCUGUUCAGAGAAUUUGUGAAAUACUCAUCUGACAUGGCCUUAACUACUAUUAACUUAAAUCCAUGCAAAACGAAAUCUUGAUUUUAUGUGACUCAAAAGAUUUACUUGGUUUCAUUUUAACAUAAACAUCUGUGAUUGUCUACAACAUUUCAUUAGUUCUUAAGCGUACAAAUGUUCAGCAUUUUGUAAAUAAGUUAUUAAAAGUUUUUAAUUUAAAUGAA